AUGGCCAACAAGGAUGAUGCGCUGCUACUCACGCUGCGAACGGCCGCUCGGCACAAUGGGAAACUACUGAUCCUCGGGGAUUUCAACACGCCAAAGAUAAACUGGAGUGAAGAAAGUGCACAACCUGGGUCCUUCGGCUCUGCGGUACUGAACCUGCUGCACGAUGAAGCCCUCGUGCAACACGUCAGCGGAGACACGCGGUGGCGCGAUGGUAGUAGACCCACCAGAUGGGAUGUGGUACUCACGAAGGGGGCAAACGACAUAAGGAAUAGUCAAGUAAUGACCCCAUUGAGUAAAAGCGACCAUGCUCUGCUUCACAUUACCAUGUCUCUCCGAGGGUCGACCGCGCCCGAUAAGGAGAGGACAAACUAUGGUGGAAUGAACCAAGCGCAGCUCCUAAGUGGUGCAAAUGUCAUAACAUGGGAAAUGGAACCCAGUGAGCCACAAGAGGAGAGUUGGAAUCUAGUGAAGUCCAAUUUAUUUUAG